UUAUUUCUCGAUUUGUCUAAAUUACGUUAUUAUCUCAUUUUUGAAUUCGAUUUCGCCCGAAAUUCUCGAACGUUGAAAUCGCUUUGGGCAUUAAUUAGUAUAUUUAAGCAUUCUUUUCAGCAUAUAAUACCUGGCUGAAAAACAUUUAAACAUUUUGAAAAUGGUUAAGAUGACGUCGCCGAUGGCUGCUUUUACGUACUUUGCGAAAAGUCAUCAGGGUGAUACUUGUGGAACGAACGGUUUGCCCUUAACGCCCCAUUCAAUUGUCAUUUUGGGCCGUUCACAAUUCUUGAAAUCUAUACAACACGAAAACCUUUGUGAAUAUUUGGAUAUUAUUCGAUCAAAACACGAAAGAACAAUUAUUGUAAUGGAAUAUGUUGGGAAACCACUAUCAGAAAAAUUAGCAGUUCAAAAUAUAUGCUAUGAUGAUGUGCUCAAAUGUUUUUAUCAAAUUGCCUGUGGAUUGAAUCACAUAGAUAACCUUGAUUUUACCAUGCAAACACUUGAGCCGAAAAAUGUUCUGAUUGACGAAUUAGGAAAUGUGAAAUUGUUCAAUUAUGGAAUGUAUUAUCAAACGAAUCAAGGAGAAUAUGUAACAUUUCCAAUUGGAAACAUUAGGUAUACUUCGCCCGAAAGAAUUUUGGGGUCAAAGGACAACAUACUUGGAGACAUUUGGAGCUUGGGUCUAAUAAUUGCAGAAUUAGUUUUCAAUACACCACUAUGGUCGUCACUUAGCUUGGCCCAAUUUACACGAAAAAUUCUUAGUUUAGCGAACACAAAAAAUGUUUUGGAAAAAAUAGCGCGUGAAUGCAAUUUGAUGGAUAAAUAUCAUGAGCUUAAUCCAAUAUUCAGAAAUCUAUUGGAAUCUUGUUUGGCUGUAUCACCAGGGGAACGACCAUAUCCUAAUCAAAUUCUUCAACAUGAAUUGUUUUUGGAAAAUAUUCGAAACUAUCGUUAUCAAAGACCGGAGCCAAAUGAAUGUUUGUUAUUACAAUGUUCUCUUAAGCAGAUCUAUUAUUUGUGGAAGUUGGCCGGUGGUGACGUUAACACAGAGCUCAAAGCAGUCGGACUUAUUCGAAAUGAAGCUCCAAUUUUAUCGAUGCCAAAAUUAGUUUUAUUGAAUGGGCAAAUCUUGGGUCAACCACGAUCUCAAUCACACAUGUAUGACAGCCGUUUGGUAAUACUGAACUUGAAUAAUUUGAAGGAGCGCUUGUCUCGUAUAAAAAAACAAGACUACUACCCUCUAGUGUUGACAGAUCAGUAUGGCAAAAAUCAGUAUGGUGCAGAAAUGGAAAUGCUGCCAAUUGUUAUUCGAGAACGUGACACUGAAUAUCAAUUUCAUCGAGUUUUACUAUUUACGAAACUCUUAAAAGGAUUCCCGUAUACAAGAGAUCGAAUUAUAUUGGAAUCUCAGCAUGAUAUUCCGCCAUUACUUAGAGGUCAAAUUUGGGCCUGCCUUCUAAAUGUAAUGGAAGAUAAAAGUUUUGAAGCAAUAGAUAAAUUCACACCAAAUCAAACGGACAGACAAAUUGAAGUUGAUAUUCCCCGAUGUCACCAAUACGAUGAGCUGCUUUCAUCACCAGAAGGACAUCAAAAAUUAAAAAGAAUUUUGAAAGCAUGGGUCAAAGCGCAUCCACAAUACGUUUAUUGGCAAGGUUUGGACUCAUUGACUGCGCCAUUUUUGUAUUUAAACUUCAAUAACGAAGGUAUGUGUACUGUAAAUAUUCACUUAAUGCAUUUGUAUAUUCAAAACAUUUUACGCAUGUCUAUGCUGAACUCUAUACUCCGAAGUACUCCACAAGUCCGAGACCCGGCCCAAAAUUCUCCUCAUUGAACCACUGAUAAUCCCUGAGCGAAUCACGGUGGAAAAAUACUGGAUGAAAUUUGACCGAGAAUCGAACUCGUGUCCUCAUGCUCACAAACCUGGCACGCUUACUAGUUUGUGGCUGACCAGUAAACAUACCCAGUAUUCCACUCCGGAUUUUCAAAUAACUUUUACUUUAAUUGGUGUAUUGGCGGCAAUAUCGAAUAUUUUUGGCAGAUCGAAAAUCGCAUCCUGAUGUCCAUUAGGGUGGAUGCAUUUUUCUCGAUUUUGCUCUCUCAAGUAGAUGUAUAAGCAAAAAAAAAAAACAGUCAUUUUUUGAUGGGAUUAUAUGUGGGUGCACGGAGAAUUGAGCGAUAGUAAAGACAACUUUUUCAAAAAAAAAUCGAAAAAAAAUUAGGAACUUUCACUGGUAAACAAAUUUGAUUUUGCUCUACAGCCCAGUGUAGUUGUAUAAGCAUGAGCUGAUUCCGAAACAGCCAUUUUUUAUGGGAUUGUAUAUAGGGUAUUUUUGUCAUAUAGGGUGGCGCUAGGGGGAGACACAAACGAUACGAUUAAACUAUGAUUCCAAUCAUUUCAUUGUAAUAACAACUUUGGUUUUUUGAAAUAACAAUUUUGGUUUAUUUUUUUAAUUUCUACGCUCAAAUUGAUUUCAAUAUUUCAUCAAUUAAGAUCACUUUAGUCUUUAUAAACCAUCAAAUAGCCAAAUUAUACAGAUUUACUAAUCCAGUUAACAUCUUUUAAAAAUCGUUCAAGACCAGCAAAAUUAAUAACUAGGGGAAGACACCAAAGAAUAAAUUCCGAUUCCACUAUAUAAAUUACUAAUCCAGCUAUUCCACUAAUCCAAAAACACAAAUGUGAAAUCUAAACUAUUUUUCCUAUUCCAUGCACUGUUUUCGUCAAAAAUGUCCACUAAUCCAUUAAUAAACGUCAAAAGAAUUGUAAAAUGGAUUUGAAUUGAAACAAUUUAUUGCUAUUUCACGCACUGUUUCGCUUCGUUGCUAUUUCAUUGCAAUUUCUCGAAUCUUUACACUAAAAGUCUAAUCCUAUUCCACGUGUCUGCCCCCUAGAUUAAAAACUUUCACUAGUCUGACUAGUCUAGUCAACAAUUUUGAAUUUUUAGUAACGACUACCAUAGCUUGAUAGGGCUUUGUCUACUUAUUACUGAGCCAUGCUCAGUUAGACCCCAGCACAUCAAAAUUAACAAAGACAGUAUACUCAGGUCACAUUACGGAUGAUAUUUUCAACUCCUAAACUGCUCUGUAAUGCUGAAUUCCAUAGCGAUCUAGUGCCAUAAUAACCAUUUGGAUCGAUCUCGUGGUAUAAAAAAUAUGGUGGAGUAUAUUUGAAACUCUAACUCAAAUAAAACCAAUUUCUUCAUUUUUCUUCACACACAUCAUCCGAUAUUUUUUGGAAUAGUGGUUAUUGCUAAUUUUACCCUUCAAUCGUAAAGAACAAUUAAUGUAGAUAAUAAAUCAAACGUCAUACAGUUCAACUCUAUAAUUACAAUCAAGGCAGUUGUAGCCCUAUGUUUGUUUCAGUACAAGUACAAAAAUCCAAAAGGCCACAUUGAAGAACUAUCGGAAACACUCUUUUGGAAUUCAAAUCAUCACAAAACGUUGCAAAUUUUUAGGAAUUUCUCCAAAUUAUGAUCUAGUUGAGUCAGAACAAAAUUUUCAUUUUUGACUCAAUAAUGACAAUUUUCCUUCAACAAGUGAAUACCGGUUUUUAACCACAAGAACAUUUUCGAAGAUUUUGCCUGGAUUAGUAAAUCUGUAUAAUUUGGCUAUUUGAUGGUUUAUAAAAACUAAAAUGGUCCUAAUUGAUGAAAUAUUGAAAAAUAAACCAAAAUUGUUAUUACCAAAAUCAAAUUUUUUCGAUUUUUUGAAAAAGUUCUCUUCAGUUUCGUUCCAGUCGCCACCCUGUAUAGUCCCAUUAAAAAAGGCUGUUUUGGAAUCAGCUGAUGCUUAUAAAAUUACUCUGGGCUAUAGAGCAAAAUUGGGAAAUAUUCAUCCACCUUGUUAUACAAUAGGGUGGUUCGAUUUUUGUGAAAAUUCAGAAGGGAUACUGGCUAUAGUUAUAAGUUAUGGAAAAAUAUGUAAGAUUUACGAAUAUGACGUUUUUUUGACAUAAUUGAUGUCACAGACCUAGCGCCUCCAGGGAUCCAUUUUUUGAAAUUUGACCAAAAAUUUCAAUUUUUCAAAAAUUUUCAACAUAUUUUAAAAACAUUUUUUCUGGUUCGUAAUGCUGCUAAUUAAGUGAAAUAGACCACCAAAGGCCAUUAAAGAACUCACCUCUAUCUGAAAAUAGGUCCGAACGUGACUGAACAUUUUUCAAAAAAAUGACCCAACAAAACAAAAUUUUAACUCAUUAUUGAGGUGGUCUGAUUUUUCUGAAAUUGUCCAACUCACUCUGUAACCUCUUGAGAAUGUCGAAUAGAGAUUAUCUGUGUGUUAUGUUUGAUCAAUACUUUCGAUUCUACAUGCCCUCCUAUUGAAGACUUUUACAACAAAUGUCGAAAAUAACCAAUCUUUUGAAAUUUGCCUAUGCACCAAAAAGUAAUUUUGUCUACAAAUUUGGAAUUUGCUAGGGUUU